CGGGCGUAUAUGUAAGUAAGAGACGACGGCUGCGCGCGCUGCUUCAUCUACUGUGCUGGCUUGCUAUUGCUGCCUGCUUCUGCUCAAUUUGUUCGAACGUUGACGGCACUUUUAGGAUUUGCUUGCCUACACUGGUCUGCUGUACAUACCUAACGGAGUACCUGCCGAGCAUGACUGCGCGGAACGAUAGCAGCGUCGCCAACGACUACGGCAACGGCAAGAGGAGCGUGGCGCAGGAGCCGGUGACCUCGGUGCUGCCUGAUGGCGACGUGCCGUACGAGCCCGCAGGGCGUGGCUUCGACCAGGACGAGGAGGUGCUGGCUGCGCUGGGCUACAAGUCCGAGUUCCGGCGCGAGUUUGGCCUCUUUACGACGUUUUGCGUCUCGUUUGCUGUACUGGGCUUGCUGCCGAGCUUUGCUAGCACGAUGUAUUAUGGUUUGGGGUAUGCGGGGACGGCUGGCAUGACCUGGGGCUGGCUCAUCGCCAUGAUAGGCAUCCAGUGCGUAGCCAUGAGCAUGGCUGAACUCUGCUCAAGCAUGCCCACCUCCGGCGGACUCUACUACGCAUCGGCGGUGCUGGCGCCCAAAGAAUGGGGGCCCUUCGCAUCAUGGAUCACGGGCUGGAGCAACUGGCUAGCGCAAAUCACAGCGGCGCCCUCAGUCAACUAUGGGACGGCGUCGAUGAUCCUCGCCGCGGCAUCCAUGUACGACCCAUCGUACAUCCCUACCAACUGGCAGACGUUCCUCCUGACCGUCUUUAUCAUGUUGCUCCACGGCUGCAUGUCGAGCCUGCCGACGCGCUGGCUCGCCCAAGUCAACUCCUACGGCUCCAACUUCAACAUGCUGGCGCUGGUCGUCGUCAUCAUCCUCAUCCCCGCGGGGACGGACCGCGAGGCGCGCGGGUUGCCGCGCUUCACGCCUUCGUCCGAGGUCUGGGGCUCCGUGUACAAAGGCAUGGAGUUUCCAGCCGGGCUGCGGAUCCUCGCCAGCUUCAUCAGCGUUAUCUGGACCAUGAGCGGGUACGACAGCCCGUUCCACCUGUCGGAGGAAUGCACGAACGCGAACGUCGCCUCACCCCGCGCUAUCGUGCUCACCUCGGCCGUCGGCGGCCUUUUCGGCUGGUUCCUGCAGCUCGUCGUCGCGUACACGGUCGUCGACAUUGGCGGCGCGCUGGACUCGGAUCUGGGCCAGCCCUUCGCCGCGUACUUGAUGCAGUGCCUGCCGCGCAAGUCGGCGAUGACGGUGCUCGCGCUCACGAUUAUCGCCGGCUUCGCUAUGGGCCAGGGCAACAUGAUAGCGGCGUCGCGGGUGACGUUUGCGUAUGCGCGCGAUGGCUGCUUUCCCCUGUCGCGGUACUGGGCGCGCGUGAACAGGCGCACGCAGACGCCUGUCAACGCCGUGUGGUUCAAUGCCGUGAUUGGGUGCUUGUUGCUGCUACUGAUUCUGGGCGGCGACGUCGUCGUCGGCGCGCUCUUCUCUGUUGGCGCCAUUGCCGCGUUUGUCGCGUUCGCGACUCCCGUCUUCAUUCGUGUCGUUUUUACCCGAGACGACUUCCGCCCGGGCCCUUGGAAUUUGGGCCGCUUUAGUGUGCCGGUAGGGGUCGUGGCGUGCGCUUUUACGGCGCUCAUGGUGCCCGUGCUGUGUUUGCCUGCGUCGGUGGGAAGAGACUUGACCCCCUCCGGCAUGAACUGGACGUGCCUCGUCUACGGCGGCCCGAUGCUGCUCGUCUCGAUCUGGUGGGUCGUCUCGGCGCACAAAUGGUUCAAGGGCCCAAAGGUCAAUGUCGCGCAUAUGAUGCUUGAUCGACAGGCGGAUGUUGUUGAGGGGAGGGAGGCUGCGCCUGAGGUUGAUGAUGACGACAAGGCGCAGGGUGGGAAAAAGGCUGCGGAGGCGAAAAGGGAGGGGAAGGGGUUGUAAUGCUGUAUAUGGCUGUGAUGGUGUUGGGUA